CAUUCAUAGAAGCGGACAGUCACGUCAGCUAGAUCGCUCCCCGUGAGCACCUCCCCGUAGGCGCUGACGUACGCGGAUGACGGCUGCGCCUUGGGUCUACACCCGGGCACGGAAAGGGCAAGAGCUAUAAUCGGGGCUGUAGUCCGACUUAAAGCGGUUGCAAUGAUGUAAUAUUGCCCCUUUGAUGACUACGGAUGGCGGCGUGUGCCAGGCUCUGCGGAGUGGGACAGUCGCGGAGGUGCAGGCGGCGACAGCGGCACAGUCAACAGGAUCAGGACAGCGAUUCUGAUAUGGACGAAGAAGAAGAAGAACGGAUCGUGUGCAAUACGCAGGCGGAGGCUGCCGCUGGCCAUCCGGACACACGGCUUUCCGCAUCGGGGCCUGCUGUUGUAGGUGACUUGGGCACCGUCACCGCUGGUGCGAACGCCAACAGACACAGCGUUGGUAGCAGCGGCUCCGGCGAGCAGCCUAAUUCGCAGUCCUUGGUGGAGCUUCCGCCUGAGCUUCUUGUGGAGAUCUUCGGCUUGCUCCCCGGCACGGCGUUGCCCAACUUGGCACUAGUUUGCAAGAAAUUCAGGCAGAUCCUUAAUACUGAAACUAUCUGGAGACGGCGAUGCAUAGAAGAAUUUGGCUUGAAGGGGGACCCGUGCAUGAUGGAGCAAGUGGGCGUGUCCAGUUGGGAGCUGUACACUAGACGUGUCCAUCCUUCAAUGGCAUCCAGACGCUAUGUUAAAGUGCUUCCCGAUUGCGAGCGAACAGACUAUCGGAAAUUAUACACGCGCAUACUGCACCCAUACAGACACGUGCUGGGCCUGUGGCAGCCAGACAUCGGGCCCUACGGGGGGCUUCUCAACGUGGUGGUGGACGGCCUGUUCAUCAUUGGCUGGAUGUACCUGCCUCCGCAUGACCCCCGCGUGGAGGACCCCAUGCGGCGACGCCCACUCUUCCGCAUCCGCAUGCUGGGGGAAGACAAGGCGGCCGUGGAGUGCAUGUACGGACACCGAGGCCCUCACAGGGGAGACAUACAGACAGUGAAGAAGGAUGAGUUCUCCACCAAGUGCAACCAGACAGACCACCAUCGCAUGCCGGGGGGGCGCCAGGAGGAGUUUCGCACUUGGCUGGAGGAGGAGUGGGGGCGUACGCUGGAGGACAUCUUCCAUGAGCACAUGCAGGAGCUCAUCCUCAUGAAGUUCAUCUACACCAGCCAAUACGACAACUGCCUAACGUACCGGCGAAUCUACCUCCCGCCGCGGCAGCCCAGUGAUCUCCUGCAGCCCGGCCUCUUCAAGGGCACCUACGGCAGCCACGGCCUGGAGAUCGUCAUGCUCAGCUUCCACGGUCCAUGGGCCCGGGGAACCAAGCUCACCGGUGACCCCAAUGUGCCAGCUGGCCAGCUGACGCUGGAUGUGGACCUGAGCCGUCCUGUGCACCUUCCCGACCUGGAGUCCCAGUGGAGCAUGGAUGAACUGUCCCGGCUGGUGUUGGCAGUCCACGAGCAGGUGCAGCGCGAUGCUCCCUCUGACCCGUCCAGCCUGGAUGUGGAACUCGGGGCCGGCGGCAAAGAAGGGCAGAUGUCAGGUGCCUCGGCUCAGGGGUCAGAAGUCCCACCGGCUGGCGCGCCCCAAGAACGACAGAACUUCGUGCUGCCGCUUGGAGUCAUGGCCCGUAAUGAAGUGUACCCUCGAACCUGCAAGAUGUGUUUCUACGGCACAGGCCUGAUCGCAGGACAUGGCUUCACAAGUCCUGAGCGCACACCCGGCCUGUUCGUCCUGUUUGAUGACGAUCGCUUUGGCUUCAUCUGGUUGGAGCUGAAGUCGUUCAGCCUCUAUAGCCGCCUGACGGACAGCCUACCUUAUGCACAGGCCCCUUCCAUGGAACGCUUCGAAGACAUGCUGCGCAGCAUGCAGUCCUGGACUUCCUGACCUCUGGCCAUAUCCCUUCACCACACCCAAAGCAUGCAGACUCAUACCUCCAUAAAAGCAUGCAGACCCCCACUCAUACCUGUCACCUCCCUGACAAUAAGAAGACAUCCGCUUAUACAUGUCACAUGCCAGAGAGAAUGCAGACCACUGCUCAAUGCCUGUCACCUCCCUGACAGUUGGAAGACUUCCGCUCAUACCUAUCACCUCUAUAACAGCAUGCAGACCUCCACUCAUACCUGUCACAUCCAUAACAGCAUGCAGNCACAGA